CGACAUCCUCAUCCUCAUGACCAUCUUCGCCAACUGCGUGGCCCUGGGGGUCUACAUCCCCUUCCCCGAGGACGACUCCAACACCGCCAACCACGACCUGGAGCAGGUGGAGUACGUCUUCCUCAUCAUCUUCACGGUGGAGACGUUCCUGAAGAUCAUCGCGUACGGGCUGGUUCUGCACCCCAGUGCCUAUAUCCGCAAUGGCUGGAACCUGCUGGACUUCGUCAUCGUGGUGGUGGGGUUGUUCAGCGUGAUCUUGGAGCAAGCGUCCCACAAGCCCGGGGACGCCCACCACAUGAGCGGCAAACCGGGGGGCUUCGACGUCAAAGCCCUGAGGGCCUUCCGCGUGCUCCGCCCCUUGCGCCUCGUCUCCGGCGUCCCCAGUCUGCACAUUGUGCUCAACUCCAUCAUGAAGGCCAUGGUGCCCCUGCUGCACAUCGCGCUGCUCGUCCUCUUCGUCAUCAUCAUCUACGCCAUCAUCGGCCUGGAGCUCUUCAUCGGCCGCAUGCACAAGACCUGCUUCCUCGUCGGCUCAGACCUGGAGGCCGAGGAGGACCCCUCGCCCUGCGCCUUUUCGGGGCACGGCCGGGAGUGUCCCCUCAACAACACCGAGUGCCGGGGCCGCUGGGAGGGGCCCAAUGGCGGGAUCACCAACUUCGACAACUUCUUCUUCGCCAUGCUCACCGUCUUCCAGUGCAUCACCAUGGAGGGCUGGACCGACGUGCUCUACUGGAUGCAGGAUGCUAUGGGGCACGAGCUGCCCUGGGUUUACUUCGUCAGCCUGGUCAUCUUCGGCUCCUUCUUCGUCCUCAACCUUGUGCUGGGGGUGCUGAGCGGGGAGUUCUCCAAGGAGCGGGAGAAGGCCAAAGCGCGGGGCGACUUCCAGAAGCUGCGGGAGAAGCAGCAGAUGGAGGAGGAUCUCAGGGGCUACCUGGACUGGAUCACACAGGCCGAGGACAUCGACCCCGACGACGAGGAGGGGGACCCGGAGGACAAGCACUCCCGUGUGACCGUGGAAGACCUGGCGGAGAAGAAGAAAGGCCGACUCCGGUGGCUCCGUCACUCAGGCCAUUCCACCGACACCCACACCAGUCUCCCCGCGAGUGAAACGACUUCCAUCAACACCGAGAACGUGGGCGAAGAGGAGCAUCACACCGCCUGCUGCGCCGUGUAUCUAGGCAAAAUCUCAAAGACAAAAUUCUGCCGCCGCUGCCGGCGCACGAAGCGGCUGCUGCGGAAGAGAUGCCGCCUGGCGGUGAAAUCCGUCUCCUUCUACUGGACGGUCCUGAUCCUCGUCUUCCUCAACACGCUGACCAUCGCCUCCGAGCACUACAGCCAGCCGGACUGGCUGACCCAGAUCCAGGCCUACGCCAACAAGGGGCUGCUGUCGCUCUUCACGCUGGAGAUGCUGCUGAAGCUGUACAGCCUGGGCCUGCCGGCCUAUUUCGCCAGCUUCUUCAACCGCUUCGACUGCUUCGUGGUGUGCGGGGGCAUCCUGGAGACCCUGCUGGUGGAGCUGCGGGUCAUGGAGCCGCUCGGCAUCUCCGUGCUCCGCUGCGUCCGCUUGCUGCGCAUCUUCAAAGUCACCAGGCACUGGGCGUCCCUGAGUAACCUGGUGGCCUCGCUGCUGAACUCCAUGAAAUCCAUCGCGUCCCUGCUGCUGCUGCUCUUCCUCUUCAUCAUCAUCUUCGCCCUGCUGGGCAUGCAGCUCUUCGGGGGCAAGUUCAACUUCGACGAGACCCAGACCAAACGCAGCACGUUCGACACCUUCCCCCAGGCCCUGCUCACCGUCUUCCAGAUCCUGACGGGCGAGGACUGGAACGCGGUGAUGUACGACGGGAUCAUGGCCUACGGGGGUCCCUACUUCCCCGGCAUGCUGGUCUGUGUCUACUUCAUCAUCCUCUUCAUUUGUGGCAACUAUAUCCUGCUGAACGUCUUCCUGGCCAUUGCUGUGGACAAUUUGGCCGAUGGGGACAACAUCAACUCGUCCGCGGAGGAGAGCAAAAAGGGGAAGCUGGCGGAUGAAGCCCCGGGCAGCGGCAGCCAGGAUGGCAGUGUGAAGGUGCCGUGCAUGGAGGAAGAGAAGGAGGAGGAUGAAGAAGGGAGCGAAGAAGGAGGGGAGGAGGCCGAGGAGGGCGACCAGGAGAGCUUGGCCGAGUCCCACCUGGACAAGCUGGAGGAGGCGCCAACGGAGAAAGUCCUGCCCAUCCCGGCCGGCAGCGCCUUCUUCAUCCUCAGCAGCACCAACCCGCUCCGGGUGGGGUGUCACGCCGUGAUCCAUCACCACAUCUUCACCAACCUCAUCCUCGUUUUCAUCAUCCUCAGCAGCAUCUCGCUGGCCGCCGAGGACCCCAUCCGGGCCCACUCCUUCCGCAACAUCAUUCUGGGGUACUUCGACUAUGCCUUCACCUCCAUCUUCACCGUGGAGAUCCUGCUCAAGAUGACAGCCUACGGCGCCUUCCUCCACAAAGGCUCCUUCUGCAGGAACUGGUUCAACCUGCUGGAUCUGCUGGUUGUGAGCGUCUCCCUCAUCUCCUUCGGGAUCCACUCCAGCGCCAUCUCCGUGGUGAAGAUUUUGCGGGUGCUGCGCGUGCUGCGGCCUCUCCGAGCCAUCAACCGGGCCAAGGGGCUGAAGCACGUGGUCCAGUGCGUCUUCGUGGCCAUUCGCACCAUUGGCAACAUCAUGAUCGUGACCACACUGCUGCAGUUCAUGUUCGCCUGCAUCGGGGUGCAGCUCUUCAAGGGCAAAUUCUACAGCUGCACGGACGAGGCCAAGCACACGCCGGAGGAAUGCAAGGGCACGUUCAUUGUGUACAAGGACGGGGACGUGGGGCACCCCAUGGUGCGCGAGAGGGUCUGGCACAACAGCGACUUCAACUUUGACAAUGUCCUGUCCGGCAUGAUGGCCCUGUUCACCGUCUCCACCUUCGAGGGCUGGCCCAGCCUGCUGUACAAGGCGAUCGACGCCAACGGGGAGAACCAGGGCCCCAUCUACAACUACCGGGUGGAGAUCUCGGUCUUCUUCAUCGUCUACAUCAUCAUCAUCGCCUUCUUCAUGAUGAACAUCUUCGUGGGCUUCGUCAUCAUCACCUUCCGCGCCCAGGGCGAGCAGGAGUACCGCAACUGCGAGCUGGACAAGAACCAGCGGCAGUGUGUGGAGUACGCGUUGAAGGCCCAGCCGCUCCGGCGCUACAUCCCCAAGAAUCGGCACCAGCACCGGGUGUGGGCGGCCGUGAACUGCUCGGCCUUCGAGUACGGCAUGUUCCUGCUCAUCCUGCUCAACACCAUCGCCCUGGCCGUGCAGCACUACGAGCAGUCGCAGCCGUUCAACUACGUCAUGGACCUGCUCAACAUGGUCUUCACCGGCCUCUUCACCGUGGAGAUGGUGCUGAAGAUCAUCGCCUUCAAACCCCGGCACUAUUUCUGUGACGCCUGGAACACCUUCGACGCGCUGAUCGUGGUGGGCAGCGUGGUGGACAUCGCCGUCACCGAGGUCAAUAGCUCGGAGGACAGCUCCCGCAUCUCCAUCACCUUCUUCCGCCUCUUCCGCGUCAUGCGCCUGGUCAAGCUGCUCAGCAAAGGCGAAGGGAUUCGCACCCUGCUCUGGACCUUCAUCAAGUCCUUCCAGGCCCUGCCCUACGUCGCCCUGCUGAUCGCCAUGAUCUUCUUCAUCUACGCUGUCAUUGGCAUGCAGACCUUCGGCAAAGUGGCGAUGCAGGACGGGACGCAGAUCAACCGUAACAACAACUUCCAGACGUUCCCCCAGGCCGUGCUGCUGCUCUUCAGGUGCGCCACCGGGGAGGCCUGGCAGGAGAUCAUGCUGGCCAGCCUGCCCGGGAAACGCUGCGACCCCGAGUCGGACGUGGGGCCCGGCGAGGAAUUCACCUGCGGGAGCCACUUCGCCAUCGUCUACUUCAUCAGCUUCUUCAUGCUCUGUGCCUUCCUGAUCAUUAACCUCUUUGUGGCUGUGAUCAUGGACAAUUUUGACUACCUGACCCGGGACUGGUCCAUCCUGGGCCCCCACCACCUGGACGAGUUCAAACGCAUCUGGUCUGAGUACGACCCCACCGCCAAAGGCCGCAUUAAACACUUGGACGUCGUGACCCUGCUGCGCCGGAUCCAGCCGCCCCUCGGCUUUGGGAAGCUCUGCCCGCACCGUGUGGCCUGUAAGAGGCUGGUGGCCAUGAACAUGCCCCUCAACGCAGACGGCACCGUCACCUUUAACGCCACCCUCUUCGCCCUGGUCCGCACCUCGCUCAAGAUCAAGACCGAAGGCAACUUGGACCAAGCCAACAAAGAGCUCCGGGCCGUCAUCAAGAAGAUCUGGAAGAGAACGAAGCCCAAACUCCUGGACGAGGUGAUACCCCCGCCAGAAGAGGAGGAGGUCACGGUGGGGAAGUUUUACGCCACGUUCCUGAUCCAGGAUUAUUUCCGGAAGUUCCGGAAGCGGAAGGAAAAGGGGCUUCUGGGGCCAGACGCCUCCCCCAGCAACUCCACGGCCCUGCAGGCCGGGCUGCAGACCCUGCAGGACCUGGGCCCUGAGAUGCGCCGGGCGCUGUCCUGCGACCUGGAGGACGGGGAGGAGGUGGCCGGGGAGACCCUGUGUGAGGAGGAGCAGCUGACGUGCCAGACCCCAGAGGGAUUGCUUGGCAGCAGCCCCGACCACCGACCCACGGCGCCCGUCUCCGCCCAGGCCGAGCGGGGUGGGGAGACCCUGGCCAACGGGCUACUGGGGUCCCGGCGCCCCUCCUCUGCCAGUCUGGUCAGGACCCCCAACGGCCUCCACAGCUACGAGGAGAACGAGGGGGGCAGGAGGAGCUGCCCGAGCUACCCCACAUCCCCAGCAGGCGCCGCAUGAGCAGGCGGAGCUCCGACGGGAGCUGUAUCCCCCCGACGGUGCAUGAAGAGCCCCCCACCGCCGAGGAGAACGGCGAGGAAACGGCGGGGGAGCAAGGCUACAAUAGCCG